GCAGUGGCGUGGGGCGGCCGGCAGGGGGCGGACGCGGCCGGCGCUGCCGCCGCCAUGAGCAAGGGCCCGGGGCUGGGGCCGGGGCCGGGGCUGGACCCAGACCCGGGGCCAGACCCAGGGCCGGACCCAGGGCCGGACCCGGAGCCCCCCCGCCACAGCGACCCCGCCGACCCGGGGCCCGGCGCCCCCGGCGGGCUGUUCGCGUGGCUGCGCGGGCGCUGCCUGGGCCGCGGGGCCGCCGUGGACCCGGCGCGGGACACGUUCGGCGCCAUGACCGGGCUGUACGGCGCCAUCCAGCCCGCCGACUCCGUGUCCCUCAGCACCCGCACGCACGGCGCCGUCUUCAACCUGGAGUACUCGCCCGACGGGUCAGUGCUGACUGUCGCCUGUGAGCAGACUGAAGUCCUGCUCUUUGACCCAAUAUCUUCAAAGCACAUCAAGACUCUCUCUGAGGCUCAUGAAGACUGUGUAAAUAACAUCAGGUUCCUGGAUAACCGGCUGUUUGCGACGUGCUCCGACGACACCACCAUCGCGCUCUGGGACCUGAGGAAGCUCAACACCAAAGUGUGCACCUUGCAUGGCCACACCAGCUGGGUCAAGAACAUCGAGUAUGACACCAACACCAGGUUACUGGUGACCUCGGGCUUUGAUGGAAACGUGAUCAUCUGGGACACCAACAGGUGCACAGAGGAUGGAUGUCCCCACAAGAAGUUUUUUCACACCCGUUUUCUGAUGCGAAUGAGGCUGACACCAGACUGUUCCAAAAUGCUGAUCUCCACCUCCUCUGGUUACCUUCUGAUUUUGCACGACCUUGACCUAAACAAGUCUUUAGAGGUUGGCAGCUACCCGAUUUUAAGAGCCAGGAGGACCACAUCAAGCUCAGAUGUAACAUCAUCAGGCUCCUCUGGCCCUCGAGCUGUGGGUUCACCCUGUCACCAGAACAACUCGGGGCCGCUCUCUGAGAAAACCUUGUCACGGCCCUCCCAGCGAGAAGGGGGAUCACCUAGAAAUAGCCUUGAGGUGUUAACACCAGAGGUUCCUGGAGAAAGAGAUCGUGGGAACUGCAUCACGUCACUGCAGCUGCACCCCAAGGGCUGGGCCACGCUGCUGCGCUGCUCCAGCAACACAGAUGACCAGGAGUGGACUUGUGUCUAUGAAUUCCAGGAAGGAGCUCCGGUGCGCCCCGUGUCCCCGCGCUGCUCCCUGCGCCUGACGCACUGCAUCGAGGAGGCCAACGUGGGCCGGGGCUACAUCAAGGAGCUCUGCUUCAGCCCCGACGGCCGCAUGAUCUCGUCCCCGCACGGCUUCGGCAUCCGCCUGCUGGGCUUCGACGCGCACUGCAGCGAGCUGGUGGACUGCCUGCCGCGGGAGGCCAGCCCCCUGCGCGAGAUCCGCUCGCUCUACUCCCACAACGACGUGGUGCUCACCACCAAGUUCUCCCCCACGCACUGUCAGAUCGCCUCGGGGUGCCUUAGCGGACGCGUCUCCCUCUACCAGCCAAAGUUCUAGGCACAGCAGCGGCACCUGUGGAUGGACAUUGGUGGGUUUUACUUCAGCUUAGUGGAAGUGUGCUCUCUCCAAAAUCUCUGAAUCCAGAGGAGGUCACGGUGACUGUGGUCUCGGGACGUGAUGAUGGGAGGAUUUUUCAGGUCAGCACCGUGCGGAUCUUGGUCCUGCAUCUGCGAGCCUGCGGCCCCGCCAGCAGCCCUCUGCUCCUGCUGAUGCUGUGCAAAGGGGCUGCUGUCCUGCUGUGUUUGUACCCUGAUACUUGAUUGUUUCCUUCAGCACAACUCCACUGGGCUGUUUGGAACAACACAGAGGGGCAGGGUGCCCAGGUACUCCUGUCCCAGAGGAGCUGGACUGCCUCACCUCUGCUUCCUCUUCUGUCGCUGAAGCAACUCUGUGGUGAUUAGUAGAUAAUGGGCUGCUUGUCUACGUAAGCAACACGGUUAGUUACUCUCACAAAAAAAAAAAAAAAGGAAAAAAAAAGAAAAAACCAAAACAAACAAAAAAAAAAGAAAGAAAAAGGAAUUUUGCUUUUAUUUCUAUGUUAAUGUGGUUGUCAUUGGCUAGAAAAAUGAGUCACAGUGUGGCUUAGGCUGGCAGGGACCACUGGAGGUCACCCA